UGGUAAGUAGUGACAACCCUCUUUCAGCUGCAAUGGCGUUUGCUGCGACAGCACUUUCCGGCAGCAGGGAAACCGAGGAGAAAGCAACGACAGGCGUUAGAAGUAAAGACGAAAUUGUUUCGGCAACCCUCGGAUUUAUACAAUUAUCGACUAAGUGAAGUGAGCUUCGUUUAUAAACCCUUUCACCUUGUGGAUGAAACUAUAUUUUGAGUUUUUUCAAACGUGCAUCGCCCCCUUGAUGAGGUGGGAUGGCUGCAGUGCCGACUGGGCCUAGUAGCGCAUUGCCAGCAUCCCCGGCUGAAAUUACUCCCUUCCCCGGGGAUGGGAGCGUCGAAACCGGGGAAGGGGAGCAGCCAGGCUGCGGUCGGGAGGGCUCUGUAACACGACAGGAGCAGCGGGUCAGCGAGGACAAACGGCCAAGUAAGAAAAAACAGAAAAACAUGCUAUCGCAUGCUAACCCGGCUGCGUUACACCUCAAAACGCAGGCCCUGCAGGAACAGCAGCUGAACGGGUUGGUCAGUCCCUCUGAAGACGGUGAGAGUUACAACCACACAACCAAAAACCGACCCAACAAUCCGAGACCGUCCAUGAAGCUCUGUGACAGCAGCAGUUUUGGAGACGACCCGAGUGGCAAAAACAAUAGCGACCAUUGCUGCCAACAUGAGGACCACAGUCCGUGUUCGAAAGGCAGCCGCCACCCUCACUUGAACAACAAUGGCAUGAACGGUAUGUUGACUAUCACAAGAACUGAGGCUAUCCAAAGCCACCCUGUAACCGGAGACAGCCCCGGUGGUAACGUUAGGAAAGGGGAAUGCGACCCCACAGAAGCCCCUCGACCACCGAGCCAGCAGCCACCAGACUGCGAAGGCCUCGGCGAGCACCGGGCUGGAGUAGAGAGUGAACCCAACGCCAUACACCAGCCGCCGGUGUCAGAAUUAGCGAGGCUGGAUCUGAACUGUUCGCCUGACCGAGGAGAGGAAGAGAGCCAGGGGAUUCAUUAUGUCCGCUACGAGUCCGAGUUACAGAUGCCAGGAAUCAUGAGGUUGAUCACCAAGGACUUGUCUGAGCCCUAUUCCAUUUAUACCUAUAGGUACUUCAUCCACAACUGGCCGCAACUCUGUUUUCUGGCCAUGGUGGAGCAGGACUGUGUGGGGGCCAUCGUGUGUAAGCUGGACAUGCACAAGAAGAUGUUUCGUCGUGGCUACAUCGCCAUGCUGGCUGUGGACUCCAAACACCGGAGGAAAAGCAUCGGUACUAACCUGGUGAAGAAAGCCAUCUAUGCCAUGGUGGAGGGGGACUGUGAUGAGGUGGUUCUGGAGACUGAGAUCACUAACAAGUCAGCUCUAAAGUUGUAUGAGAAUCUUGGUUUCGUCCGAGACAAGCGGCUCUUCAGAUAUUACCUGAACGGUGUGGACGCACUGAGGCUCAAACUGUGGCUCCGCUAGAGAGGGACGAGAGAGAAGAGGGAGAGGGAGGAUGACAGGUGCUGCCCUCUUACUGAACCAGCUCCAGUCUCACUCUCAACCCUGCCCUGGUCCCUUGUCUCACACAUAUACUCACACACACAAAGUCAUGCACACACACACACAUAGUCAUACACCCAUAUAUACACACACUCAUACAGUUAUACACACACAUAUUGUCAUACACCCACAUGCUCAUAGAUUCACCUACACAGUACAUCCCUCCCUUUUUUGAUCCUUGACAUCUCGGAAAACAGCUCAAGGCUGAACUGGACAUACAGACAGAAAUCCCACAAUGUUUUUAUGAAGAGGCCCCUGCCCUGUUAGCUGUAGGACCCUGUGAGAGAGGGAAGAAAGAGGGGUGUGUGACGUGGUCUGGUGACCUUUAACCUCAGAACAUUGACCCCCAACGGAGCAGUAUCUAAGGCAUGAUGUCAGGUCAGUCGGGGGUGAACCCACAAACCCCCGAAGGGCAAUGCAUCAUGUAAAGUCACUCACCGGAACGCAGGAAAACAGAAGACAAGAACAAUCACACAGGGUGAAAAUAAGGAAGUGAGGGGGGGGCGACAGACUUGAAGGAAAUAUUUGUGGAGUUUAUUUUUGUGUAUAUUUUUUAAUCUCAUGAUUCAACAGGGGGUUGGAAAAGCUAUAGUGUUUGUGUGAGUGAGAGUGUGUGUUUCGCCUAGGGGUUUGGAAAAGUUAGUGUUUAGGCUAUUGUGUACAUGUGGUUGGUGUGAAUGUUUGAAGUUGUGUAGUGGAUGUGUGUGCACGCAUGCUUGGUGGGAAUCAUAAGUUGUGCGUGUUAGUGUGCUUUUCUCCCCCGUCUGUGUUUUCGUUGCCCCUACGUUGUGAGAUGAACACGCCAGCUGCUUGCUGUUGAGACGAAGAGCUGGAGCCCCAGACGAAGAGCUGGAGCCCCAGACGAAGAGCUGGAGCCUGUAAAGAUAUGCAUGCAUUUAUUUUAACGAGUGGUGGUAUGAGUGAUGAGUGUGUGUUGAUUAACACUCUGAACAUUGCCCAAUUCCAAACAGACCCAUAGUCCUAACUCCUAGGCACUUGUGUAGAUCUGAAAGGCUUGGAUAGGUGUCAGCAAUAUGGUGCAAAUUCUUCCUGCCCUAUCAGAGGGCAAGGUGGCGCUAUUAAGAUUUUAGUAAUACCUAUUCAAUCAUUUCAGAUACAAUUGGUAAGUGCUUAGUGUUAGGGGCCGAUUUGAGUUUGGGCACUUGUGUUGACCCUUUUUGCAGAUCAAAGCUAAUUUUUCCAAAAUGCACUGCCAGCCAUUGGAACAUUGCUUUUAAGCCCUUGAGAAGGAUAAAUCAUUAUUGAUAAAGGAGGAGUUUAGGUGUGGGCUGGGAAACUAUUUCCCUAUUGCAGUUUGUUCAUUCAAAUUCCUCAUAACUUGUAGACUAUUUUUCCAAGUACCACUCUUUCUUUCAAUCAAUCAUCAUCUUAGUUGUUUAUGAAUGAACAACAUGCAGUGCACUAGAGUCCUGUUUCAGUAUGGCAAAGUGUCAGGCUGGAGUAAUAGUGUUAUUAAAUAUGCUGGAUUCCUGUUGGCUUCA